AUGCAACUUGCUUCAACCGGAAUAAGUUUAACUCUAUUAAACUUAACAAUUUUUAUCUCCCUUAUAAAAACAAGCUUAACGACUAAUGUAAUUAAAGUAGCUCAUUUACAGCCUAAUAAUCCAAAUAUAAUAAACGAGGUGAUUACAAUGGAAUCUUGUAAUCGUCUAAGUGGAGUAGAGCACGCCGCUUUCCUUCAUUAUAUGCGAAAUGCUAGUGUUUACUUCGGUCCUGGAUGCAAUAACGUUCCAAUUAUUGCUCACCUCUCUGGAGAUGACGCUCUUUCUGACCGGACGGGUGAAUUUGAAUAG